AUGCUUCCCUUUUCCCUCCUCCGUCUUCCUCGAUUGGUCCUGUUCGAUGUAUUCAAAUUUUUGAAUAUCGAAGAAAAAAUCAAGCUCUCCAUCUGCUCCAAGAAAGUCUCGAUUCAAAUCAAUAAUGCUCAAUUCUACUCACAAAAAGUCAUAGUCGUUCUUGACUGCUUAAGCUACAAAAUCAGAGUUCACUCUGAAAAUAUUAAGGAUACAUUUGAUAUCUUUAAUUAUUACAACGGCGGAACAAUCAACAAUCCAUAUAUCCAUCAGUAUCAAAUUGAAGGGCAUACUGUACCUGUGUUCUCCUUCAGCGAAGGGAUCACAAUAUUCUGGAAGAAUUAUCGAGAAGGACAUCGAUCUGUUAUUCGGUACCUCUUGAAGAUAUUUCAAUGCAAGUUUUCAGUUGGAAAUAACUUUGACAGUGAUUUAUAUAAAACAACUAUUUCUGAGUUGUUUGAUCGACAAGUGGAAUUCAAGACGCUCGCUAUUCGUCCUAAUGGAUCAAAGGAUGAAAACUUGUUAUGGAAUCAAAUAUCCAGUAAUUUGGGACUGGUCGAGGAUCUUAAAAUCAUAUCCGUUGAUAAGCCUGAGUUCAGACCAGUUUUCACUUCAUGGCCACAAAAUAUUAAUAUCGGUAGUGCCGCUUGGUUCACUCUGGAAUCUCUGUUGGAGUGCCCUUGCACCAGUAUUUUCCUCGAAGGGUCUCAUUUUGAAAACAACGAUUUGGAAGUGAUACUUAGAAAAUGGAAGACUGGAGGAUUCCCGAAUCUAGAAUAUCUGUAUGUCAAUAGUCAAGGUAUUACAAAUUAUGGAACGACGAUUUUGGGAAUGAGUCUAUUGGAAUUGCGAGGAAAGGAAAUUCAAACUGAUGAUGGAUUAAAGAAGGCAACCAUUGACACUGCUCACUGUAGAAUUGAAAUGUCUGUGACUCCAUCUAAAUAA